AUGUCAUGUUGCUGGUUUUUGUCUCUGAUUUCUUUGAAUUUGUUGAGUAAUGGUGGAGUCAUGACUACCAAGACCAGUUGGCUUGAUGAUGGAGGGCGGAUAUUUAUGAAAUUGUGGAAUUUGAUUUCGGAGAGCGGUUAUAAGUUCCACCAUCAUUAUUCCCAGUAUAUCGGGUCGAGGAAAGUUAGGAAAAACUGGUGGAGGAAGCUUUUAUGGGCAUGGAUUGGGUUCUGGAUUGUCGUAUCCGUUUGGGUGUUCUGGUACAUGAAUUCACAAGCUUACGAGAAGAGGAAAGAGAUGCUUUCGAGUAUGUGUGAUGAGAGGGCUAGGAUGUUGCAAGACCAAUUUAAUGUUAGUAUGAAUCAUAUACAGGCUAUGUCUGUUUUGAUUUCAACCUUCCACCAUGGCAAGAAUCCUUCUGCCAUUGAUCAGAAUACUUUCGCAAGGUACACGGAAAGAACAGCUUUCGAGAGGCCCCUCACAAGUGGGGUGGCAUAUGCUGUAAGGGUUCGACAUUCUGAAAGAGAGGAAUUUGAAACUGAACAAGGCUGGAGCAUUAAGCAAAUGGAUGGUGUUGAACAAACCCCAGUUCAUGAAGAUGAGUAUGAUCCUGCGGACCUUGAGCCAUCACCAGUACAGGAGGAAUAUGCCCCCGUUAUUUUUGCCCAAGAUACUGUUGCACACGUAAUUUCUGUUGAUAUGCUCUCAGGAAAGGAAGAUCGUGAGAAUGUAUUACGUGCAAGAGAAUUAGGAAAAGGCGUCCUCACAGCUCCUUUCCCGUUACUCAAAACAAACCGCCUUGGAGUAAUAUUGACUUUUGCUGUCUAUAAAAGAGAUCUUCCCCCUAAUGUAUCUCCAACAGAAAGGAUCCAAGCAACUGCCGGGUACCUCGGUGGAGUUUUCGACAUUGAAUCACUUGUAGAAAAAUUACUUCAACAGCUUGCCAGCAAACAAACUAUCCUUGUGAAUGUGUAUGAUACGACUAAUAUCUCCCAUCCUAUCAGCAUGUACGGUUCAAAUAUGUCGACUGAUGGGCUGCAGCAUAUCAGUGCUCUUAACUUUGGAGAUCCAUUCAGAAGGCAUGAAAUGCAUUGCAGAUUCAAACAAAAACCUCCAUGGCCAUGGGUGGCAAUAACAACAUCUAUUGGCAUCCUUGUAAUUGCGUUGCUCAUAGGGCAAAUAUUCCACGCCACAAUGAAUCGAAUAGCCAAAGUUGAGGAUGAUUAUCAUCAGAUGAUGGAGCUUAAGAAACGUGCCGAGGCUGCUGAUGUAGCAAAGUCGCAGUUUCUUGCUACGGUUUCCCAUGAAAUCAGAACCCCAAUGAAUGGUGUUCUUGGGAUGCUGCAAAUGCUUAUGGAUACAGAUCUGGAUGAAACACAACAAGAUUAUGUCAGAACUGCACGGGACAGUGGUAAAGCUUUAGUUUCACUCAUGAAUGAGGUUUUGGACCAAGCAAAGAUUGAAUCUGGUAAACUUGAGCUGGAGGCAGUCUGCUUUGACUUGAGGGCAAUUCUGGAUGAUGUUUUAUCACUAUUUUCUGGAAAAUCACAAGGAGUAGAGUUGGCAGUAUACAUCUCUGAUAAAGUCCCUGAAAUACUAGUUGGCGAUCCAGGAAGAUUCCGUCAGAUCAUUACAAAUCUGAUGGGCAACUCAAUCAAAUUCACCGAGAAAGGACACAUAUUUGUGACUGUCCACCUUGUUGAAGAAGUGGUGGAGGAAUCAAUGGAAGUGGAGACAGAAUCACCUUCAAGUGGCACUUUGAGUGGGUUGCCCGUAGCCGAUAGACGGCUAAGCUGGAAAAAAUUUAGAAUUUUCAAUCAGGAAGGAUCUGCUACAUCAUUGUCACCAUCCUCAACUGACCAAAUUAAUCUGAUAGUUUCGGUAGAGGACACGGGUCAAGGGAUCCCAUUUGAAGCUCAAUCACGUGUUUUCACCCCCUUCAUGCAAGUUGGUCCCUCGAUCACGAGAACACAUGGUGGCACAGGUAUCGGGCUAAGCAUAAGCAAGUGUUUGGUCCACCUAAUGAAAGGUGAAAUUGGCUUUGUAAGCUUGCCGCAGAUUGGAUCCACCUUUACUUUUACGGCUGUUUUCACCACUGGCUACUCCAGUGUGAAUGACCAGAAGAGUCAGCAAAUUAACAAUCAGCCCAAAUCCAUUUCUUCAGAAUUUCAGGGAAUGAAGGCUUUACUCGUGGACCCUACACCCGUAAGGGCACAGGUCUCCAAAUAUCACAUCCAGCGACUUGGAAUACACAUUGAAGUAAUUCAUGAUUUGAAUAACAUAAAAUUUGGGAACACGAUUAUAAACAUGGUUUUCAUUGAACAGGAAGUUUGGCAUAAGGAUUUAGGCUUGUCGACUCUCAUUGUCAACAAACUGAAUGGAAUAAAUUGUAAAGUUACUCCUAAAGUGUUUCUUCUAUCCAAUGCUAUAAGUUCCAUUCGAGCCAAUUUCUCCGCUUCAAGUGUUUCCCCUCCAUUUAUCAUUAUGAAACCACUGAGGGCAAGUAUGCUUGCUGCAUCCCUACAGCGAGCUAUGGGUUUUGGGAACAAAGGAAAUUAUCGGAAUGGAGAGCUUCACACUCUAUCCCUUCGAAAUCUUCUACGUGGUAGAAAAAUUUUAGUUGUAGAUGAUAAUAGGGUUAACCUCAGAGUGGCUGCUGGGGCCCUCAAGAAGUACGGUGCUGAUGUGGUCAAUGCAGAAAGGGGGAAAGAGGCAAUCUCACUGCUAAGGCCGCCCCAUCAUUUCGAUGCCUGUUUCAUGGAUAUUCAGAUGCCAGAAAUGGACGGCUUUGAAGCUACAAAGAGAAUUAGGGCCGUGGAACUUAGCAUCAAUAACCGUCUCCAAUGUGGUGAACUCCCUCUUGAAGCUUACGAAAAUGUUUCAAACUGGCAUGUGCCCAUUUUGGCCAUGACUGCUGAUGUGAUUCAGGCCACAAAUGAAGAGUGUCAGAAGUGCGGAAUGGAUGGAUAUGUCUCCAAACCGUUUGAGGCUGAGCAAAAGGCACGUUCUUUGAGGCACCGCAGUGUGUUCAUAUUUGUAGUAAAUUUUUCCCAACUGAAAAUGUGUUUUCUUCAAUCAAACCACGAUGUAUAUAAUCGUCAAAUAUUCUUUAGUGGGGAUUUCAUUAUGCACCAUUGGUCGUGUAUUCAAAGAGCCUGUAGAUGGACAUGA